AUGAUAGUUGAAAAGAUGUUUGGGGGAUGGAAGUACUAUACAAAUCAUCUAGCCCAUUAUAAUGGAAGGAUUUGGGUGGUAUGGAGAGAGGAUACAUACACUGUUAAUAAAUAUAGUGAAAAUUCUCAAGCUGUGACUUGCCAAGUUACUCAUAUUUCUCUGCAACUACACUUCUUGAUUACAUUUGUGUAUGCACACAAUGGCAAAGAAGAAAGGAAGGAGUUAUGGGACUAUUUGAACCAAGUACACAAGGGUAAUUUUUUACCUUGGUUGGUGUUGGGUGACUUUAACUCAAUCUUGCAUAUGGAGGAUAGAAUUGGAGGAAAUGCAAUUACGUUGGCUGAAGUUCAAGAUUUUCAGACUUGCAUAGAUCUUUGUGGUCUAGCUGAGUUACCUAGGACUGGCAGCAAAUAUACAUGGAAUGAUAACCAUGAUGGAAAUAGGAUUUUUUCAAAAAUUGACUGGGCAUUUGCAAAUGGUGAAUGGCUGGACACUGCCCCUACUUGUAAAGUUCACUAUUUGCCUGAAGGCGUAAGUGACCACAGUCCAGCUCAUGUAACACUGGUGAAUUCAAAACCAAAACAAAGAAGGGCCUUCAAAUACUAUAAUGCAUGGAGCACACAUCCUUAUUUUUUGGGAGUUGUGCAAGAGGAAUGGCAAGCACAUAUAGAGGGAUGUAAAAUGUAUCAGGUGAUAAGUAAAUUAAAGCUAUUGAAACAUAAGCUGAGGAGACUGCACUCAAACCACUUCAGUAACCUGUUGAAUGAAGUGGAUGAAGACAGGGCACAUCUAAAGGAAGCACAGGAGAAGCUGCAACUAGACCCUUUGAAUGAUCAUCUGCAGCAGGAAGAAAGAGAACUAAGCAGAAAAUUUAAAAGGUCCAGCUACUUAGCUGAAAUGAUGCUUAUGCAACGAAGUAACGCCACAUGGUUGAAGCUUGGGGAUGAUAACACUAAAUAUUUUCAUUCUGUGAUUAAACAAAGGAGAUUGGGGCAGGCUAUCUUCCAGCUGAAAGACGAGAAUCAGCGAAUACAACAUGAUCCAGAGGAAAUAGCUGGGAUUUUUGUGAGAUUCUACAAGCAUAAGCUAGGUGAAACUGGUGGCUAUAGGCAUAAAACUGUACCAGGAUUUCUUGCCAAUGGUCACACCUUGACUGUAGAACAACAAGUGACUUUUUUGAGGACAUAUUCAAGGAAGGAUGUGAAAGAAGCCAUGUUCAGUAUUAAUCCAAACAAAAGCCCAGGUCCAAAUGGUUGUGGAAGUGGUUUCUUUAGAGAAACAUGGUCAAUUAUAGGGGAUGACAUCACGGAUGCAGUGCUAGAGGUGAUAGAUAGUGGCAGCAUGCUGAAACAACUGAAUGCAACAGCUAUAACCUUAAUACCUAAAAUAAAUUCUCUUGAAAAUGCAGGAAAGUUCAGACCCAUUGCAUGUUGCAAUGUAGUAUAUAAAUGUGUAUCCAAAGUGAUCUGCUAG